CGAAAAUUCCCUGGUCCAGUGUGGGAAGUGCGGCCACGCGUACCACCAGCGCUGCCACGUGCCCCCGCCGCCCGGCGGCGCCGCGCCCUGGAGCUGCCGCCGCUGCGUCUUCGCCGUGGCCACCAAGCGGGGCGGGGCGCUCCGGCGCGGGCCGCAGGCGCGGGCGAUGCUGCGGAUGAAGUCGGUGCUGCCGUACGCGCUCGGCGCGCUGGACUGGGACCCGCCGCACCUGCACAACCUGCAGCACUGCUACUGCUACUGCGGCGGGCCCGGCCACUGGAACCUGAAGAUGCUGCAGUGCCGGCGCUGCCACCAGUGGUUCCACGAGGCGUGCACGCAGUGCCUGCGCCGGCCCCUGCUCUACGGGGACAGGUUUUACAUCUUCGAGUGCAGCGUGUGCCGGGGCGGGGCCGAGAGCGUGAGGAGGCUGCCCCUGCGCUGGUGAGGGGGAC